UAAUUUGUGUGAAGAUUAACGAGUAAUAUUGCGACAUUCUACCAAACAAAUUGAGGUUGUCCAUUAAUAAUUGGAAUGCCAUUGCCCUCCCUCUGUACGAUAAUUGUACAUCCUGUUUUAAAUUGAAAAAGUCUCCUAAACACAUUAUAAUCAAAUACUAUAUCAUAGUGGGUAAGCUUCUCAGUCAGGGGUCGCAUUGGGUGUCCUUUAAAGUCUUGUUCAAGAAUAGUUCCCAUCAGUGUAGCCAAUAUUCCCAUGAAUUCUGCGUGGCGGGUGCGGGUCUCAGUCUCCUCGGGGUCGUAUUCUUCAGGGUCAAGAAUGUCCUGGUACAGCAUCACGACAUUAUGGAGAUGUUGGGCGAGUGGUCUCUGAGGAAUGGCAUUUCCUACACUCGCACCUGAUGCUAGAACGCUGGUGUUUGAAGUUAGCAGUCCAUCUUUUACUGCACCAUUUCCAUCAUCACCUUGAUACGUGUGUGGCUGCAGCUUGAUGACACUGGCUGGAAACAUAUGAUUGGGGGUGAGUUGGUUAGUGGCUGGAGUCACAAUAAAUUUGAACCCAUUCCGGGCAAGUAUCUUCCGCACUUCUUGCCAGACGGCAGCUUUGAAGUGGAUCGGACCCAUCCUCAGUCGAAUCUUGAUGUGAGUGGAAUUGGGAAAAGCAUUAUUGUGGAGAAAGGUCAUGAUACAAGUUGCAACCUAUUCAAAACAGAUCGACAGUUCAUUAAUCAUUCAAUUAAUAAUUAUCAUAAAAUUAGGAUUGAGGAAGUUAUUUACGGCAAAAGUGUUGAAUUUCUCCAGGGAGAGCGUUGUGGCAAAACUCCACCGCAUAUCCACCACGAAACGACAGUUGGAAUGUUCAGUGAUGUACUUGGCAAUGGUCCGGUGCCAAAAGGGUACAUAUUCAUUUCGUAAACACACAUUAAUGGUUUCUUCGUCAUGUGGGGUCAUACGAAGGGUUGGAUGAAGGACGAUGAUGUUGGGUUGGACAUUAGUGGCGUCUCUCAGCAGAAAAAUCUCAUUUAAUUUGAUCGAAUCCACACGGCAGUAGCCAAUCACUCUAUCCUGUAAAAUAUAAUAAAUCAUAUGCUUAUAGAAUAAUAAUAUGAAAUUGAUGUAGAAAUUGAAUAAUUCUAGUACUUACCACAGCUAUUGACCAACAGUUUGCAACAGUGCACAUUUUUCUUGACCUACUCCAAGUGAAAAAUAACUCCUUUUGCACUUUGUACAUCAAGGCUUUCACCUCUACACCUUGCCAUUUGAUCCAAACAAUGUUGCCAUCUUGUCGAAUUGGGGUGGUUGGAAGGGGUCCUAGUCCUAAAGUAUGGACGCCACGAACAGGAAGUGAUUCCAUCAAUUCCACGAAUUCCUCACUUUCGCCCAAAUUGGCAUCCGUUUCGCCUGGAUUGUCGCCCCAUCCCAAAUGAGCCUUGAUAGCAUCAAAAAUGCACUUUAGCGUCCCCUUGGGAGGGUGCCACAUUUCAACUUCUGCUGGUGGGGGUGGUGGUGGAACUGGAGCAAGUGGGAGUGGUGGUGGAGGAGGAUUAGCUAAAAUAAUGCACAAGAUAAUCCAUUACAUAUUUAGCAAAUUUAUUGAGUCAGUCGUCAUCCUCAUAAAAAAUGCAUAAUAUCAUGAUGAUUGAGAGUAGUUUUAUUACCCAUUGGUUCCACUCUCUGAAGUUGUCCGUCCCCAUGUUGCAUAAAAAUAGCAAACGUGACGGGCGCUCCAACCAUGUGCGGAAGUGGUAUUGUGGGGUUGUAUUCCAUGACGCGAUCCCCGUACGUCAAAAUGAGUCGCGGUGGUGGUGGAGAUGGAGAUGGGGGUGCGUCAAAAAUAUAUUCCUCCCCCUCCUCCUCGUCCGCAGAGUGUUGUGUGGAAUGAGGGGAGAGUUGGUCUUCAUCCACUUGACCCGCAGAGUGGUGUUCGGGGUCAGAGGUGGGCUCCGUGUCAGAAUUUGAGUGGUCGGUGUCAUUGGAAUGGGCCGAGUCUUCAUCAUCAUUCAUGUGAUCAGAGUGGGGGUGGGCUUGUCCGUGGUCAGAAUCCGAAUCGUCACCUUCAUUCGUUCGUUCCAUGGGAGAGUGGUCGGUAUCGGAGGCAGAUUCCGAGUCGUCAUCAUACGUGUAGGACACCUUCUUUCGCUUCCUCAAACUCCUACCACCUAAAAAAACAAUAAAUUCAAGGUAAUUAAUAAUAGUAAUAUUUAAUAUGCUGUGUCGUGGGGGUGGGGUGAAAUAAGAGGGUAGAAAACUUACGCCCUUCCGUGUUUUGGUGGUCGGUGUCAGGGGAAGAAUCCGAGUCGUCAACAGCACUCGCGGGUUGCAUUUGGGGGUGGUCGGUGUCAGGGGGAUUCCGAGUUGUUUUCCGAGAAGGUCGUUUUUUGGUUGGGGCCAUCUUUGCGCCCUGAAAAGGACUUGAACAAAGACGUAAACAGUGGUGGAAAGUGUGGAAGGUUUGAGAGGUGGAGGAGAGAGGAAGAAAAACACGUGAAACUCGCUGGCAGUGCAGACGAGUUGUGUGAAAAGUUCUCCAUUUUUCUUCCUUGAUGGCAAAUGACUUUGAGUCAUCAAUAUGAAAGUGGUGUGGUAUUCGUGUGGCUUCUCCAAUGCUCGCACACGGUUUGUCUUCAGUGCUUGCAUCGAAUUGUGGCAUCUGCGAUUCCCACUACAGCGUACUCAACAACACCAGCCAUCCCAGCAACGCCAACUGCGUCUUCUUCGUUAACGCCAACCCCUCCUGUCAACACCUCAUUUAGAUGUCCGAUAUGCCGAGAAAAUAUCAUCGUUCCAAGAGGUGGUGUUGCUGCACUGCCACCUUCCUUUUUAGUCAACCAGCUCUUGGAUCUCAUGGCUUGUCAGAGAAGAGAGGUCAUCCCGAAAUGCUCCAUUCAUAGUAACCACCUUGAAUUUUGUGAGACGUGUGAUGCUGUAUUCUGCUCGGCAUGCAAAAGUUCUCCUCAUACCUCUCUGCAAUCAGGAAGUCACAAUGUCAUCCCGUUCGCUGUAGCAAUAAAACGAUUUGCUGAAAUUUUGCGAUCAAAAGUUAACGAGUCUUUAGUAAAGUUAAAUGAAGCAGAGGAAAACAUCACUGAAGAAAUUAGGAGGCUGGCUACAGCGGAAAAUUCCGCAUGUCAAGUAGUUGAACAAGCUUACGAGGAAGCUGUUAAAUUGCUUGACAAAAGAAGGGUUGCAUAUAUUUCGAAAAUUCGAGAAACUGCUGAGAAAAAAUCACGAAACUUGAACGAUCAAAUCUCUCUUAUCGAGAAGGAAAAGACCAAAGUGAGGGAUUCGUGCGAAGGAUUAGAGUAUCAAGUUGAAGUGAGAAAUAUUACGAAACGAAUAUCUGAAUUGUCUCAACAAUUGGACUCGUUUUCUUCAUUGAAACAUCCGCGUGAGAAUUCUUUCCUAUUUUGCACAACAGAAAGUGAUCUGACAUCGUUUGACAUUCACACGUCCACUACGUAUCCACCCCUAUGUACUCUCAACGAAAUACCUGGAAAUCUCAAGUGUAUAGGAAUCGAAAUGGAAAUAAUUCUAGAAACUCGUGAUUACAAUGACGAAACUCGAAAGGUAGGGGGCGAUCCGGUUACAUGCAAAAUAACAAAGGGAGAGAAAUCAAAACAAGAAUGUAGAGUUCAAGACCAUGAAGAUGGAACAUAUUCUAUAGUGUUUGUUCCCAUGUCAGAGGGCACGUAUAAAAUGCAUGUAGAAAUAUUUGGAAGGCCUAUUCGAGAUGAAAACUAUUCUAUAGAAGUUUCGAAUCAUAAUUCGCCCGUAAGGAUGUGGGGAAAAGGUGAAUUAACCCAACCUGUUAGUUGUGCAAGAAACGAAAGUGGAGAAUUGUUUGUUUUGGACACUGGAAAUUCGAGAAUCGUUGUUCUUGAUCAAAAUAAUAUAAUUAAACGAUGCCUAGAAAAUGAGACUUUACAGGGACGGAGUUGCACUGGGAUUGCGUCCUCUUGGAAUUCUAAAAGCCUGUUGGUGGUGAAUUGGCGAAGCAAAGAAGUUACUCGUCUCUCAUCUGUGGACGGAUCUACAAUAUCAAUGUUCACAUACGACGAAUUUGUGGAACCCGUAUCUUUGUGUGUCGACAAGAAGGGAGAUAUCUAUAUUGUUGACAAUGGGAAGAAACAGAUAUUUGUUUUUGAUAUGGAUGGCAAAUUCAAGCAUGACAUCAAGCGGGAGGCAUUCAGCUUGCUUGGAGGAGUGGCGGUGGGAAGCGACGACCAGACCUUGGUGGUUGCUGAUACGUCUCUUUUGAUCAUUAGCGGGGCUGGACCGCAGUAUGAUAAGGAGAUAAAGGCCCCAGGAAAGGUCCCAGGACGAUUCGGGGCCUGCUGUAUAGAUGAGGAGGGCCUGAUUAUUGCAUGCAGAAUAGAGAAGAAAGCAAGUUACUUACAGGUAUUCAAGUUAGUUAAUGGCGGAUACAAGUUAGUCUCUACAAUCGAUUCAUUUACUUCAAAACUCAGACGUCCCUCUGAUAUUUCUUUGAUAAGUAGUCGACAUGUAGUAGUCGUUGAUCUAGGAAAUGAAUUAAUUAAGCAAUAUCGGUACAAAUAAUUCGUUUUGUGCACACCCGCCGAUUGAUCAUACAUAAGCAAUGUACUCGUAUUUACUUUGGAUGAAAGUAUAUGCCAUAAUAAUACACCUUCAAUUAUCGCAAAAACUGUGAGUGAAUGAGACCUUAUUUACCAAGUCAAAUUGUAAUGAGUAAUUAUGUAGAUUAGAUAGAACAAAUAAUUAUAUAAUAUACUUACAUUUAUUAAUUGAGGCAUUAAAAAUGAUGUAAAGUGAUACCUAAGAAAAACUAAAGUACUUUCAACAAGUACUUGGUCAAAGUGUAAUGUAGUGUAUUUUAUAAACUAGUCACCAACCAACUCUGCAAUUUCGGAAAAAAAUGAGAAUCGUUUUAUGAAUUAAGUAGUGAAACAUGAUGGCUCCAUCAAACUAUAUAUAAAUCUCAUGCAUAUCUACAGAUAAAGUUGUCGUAGUCUUUAGUUGUAUGUGUAUGACAUCUUGAUUGUAAAUUAUACCUCAUUAUUGUUCUCAUUUUUGUUUGUAGUUGUUCCUAUUUAAGAAACUAACGAACACUGAUAUUCAUUUUACACACAUAAUUUAAUGUUAUUCUUUCGGAACUUACGUACAUUAUUUACAUGCAGUAUUUUUGUUGUUGAACGCCAUCAUCACAUCGUCCCGUGUAUCCACUUUAUGAAUUAAGAAAUUUUAGACAAUUAUAUAAUAAAGCAAAAUUGAUCGAUUGAGUCUC